AUCAACCGUCCGAUGCAAUUCCAUGUCAUCAAUCCGCGUGAUAUUUGUUUGGGUUAGCGAAGCGAAGAGACUGGGUAAACCUGGCAGUUUUCACUAUUUUUCCCGAAUUUUCAAAAUCUUCAGAAAAAAAUUGGUUCAGUUUUCGGAUUUGAAAGAUGAAAGUAACAGAGGAAUUGAAGAAGAAGCAAGUGGAGGAAAACGAGAUAAUCGUUUUGAGUGAGAAUGUUAAAGAAGAUGACGGAGAAGACAGUGAAAAUUAUGAGUACGGUGAAGAAGAAAUCGAAUAUGAAGAAGGUGUUGGAGGUGAAGUUGCACGUGUUGAUUACGAUGUUGAUGACGAUGAUGAUGAUGAUGACAGCGACUCUGAUGAUUAUGUAGAUGAAACUGACGACGACGAUGACGAUGAUUUUGAAGACGACGAUGACGACUAUGAUGAUGAGGAUGAGGAUGAUGAAGAAGAAGAAGAAGAAGAAGAAGAAGAAGAAGAGGAACAGCCACAACCUCGGCCAGAGCAGCAGGGCCAAGUGCCUCCAGUUUAUGAUCGGUUUAUGUUGAGCUGUCUGAAUUUUGUCCAAGAUAUCUGCAACACUCUGCAGAUGCCGAUUCCCUCUAAUUUCGAUCAGUCGUCCGACAUGUGGGCUGCUGCUCAGCGUCAUAGAGAGAUGCAUCCACCUCAGCUAUACCAACAAUUUGAUGGGAAUUGGGAGCGGUUUCAGCAGUUUCAGCAGGAACAACUGACAAAGUUUCAAGAAAGGCAGCUGCAAAUGCGACAACUGUUUAUUCAGCAAUACCAAGUAGCUGUUGAUCAGCAUCAGCUUCCUCCUCAGCAACAGCAUGAUGAAUUAUCUGAUAACAUGUUUGAUGCUGUUGUUUAUGACCAUCAGCACCGCCAGGAUCAGGAUUGAUUUGGGUGGAUCAUCCUGAAUUUUUUAUCUUUAUCUUAUUUUUGUUUUUCUUAUUUCCUUUUUCGUUUGAGUUUUAGGGUCUGUUUGGUUGGGGAGUGUUGGUUUCAUAUCUAGGAGAGGAGGAGAGCAAAAUCUCUCCUAUGACCAUUUUUUGAUUUGAAGGAGAUGGAAUGUGUGCUAUUUAAAUUUUCAUUACAUUGACAAUACUACCCUCAAUCUAGUGUUAAAAUGCAUCAUUAUCUUUUUAAUUUUA